AUGGCCAACGUAUCAACUGAGAUUCGUAAUUAUUUCAAACUAGACUUAUUGAUUGGAAGGUCGCGCGUGUCACUUCGGAAUUUAUUUAAAAGUCGAUAUUCACUGUACAACAGUGGACAAGUGUGGGAUGAUUCGCCAACAUCUGGAAGCAAUUAUCUGACUAACGUGGUCCUGAAAAAUAAGAAAAGCAUUAGUUUAACGCUCGUACAGAAGACAGCUGUUUCUAACGGAGAUUCAGAGCAAUGGGAUAUAUCAGUUUUAACUUCUCUGCUGUUAUUUAUUGAACGCCCAAAAACAUUAACCACAAAUGAAAUACAACAACUUGAUCAAGAAGAUAAAUCCAUACAAAAAAUAAGGGAAUAUCGAAAUGAAUUAGCUCAUAACGCAAAGUCUGUUCAUAAUGUAGAAUUCAAUCAAGUGUGGAAUAAUUUAGCAGCUAUUCUGAUUGAAUUCGGUGAUAUUGAUGUCGAAUUAGAUAAACUAAAAGAUGAUAGUGUGUUUGACUCGUCUACAGAGUCAAUAAAUGAAGAAAAUAGAAAUGAAGCAUUACGUUUAAAGUCUCUGGGUAUACAAGCUCAUACUGAUGGAAAGUAUUCUGAAGCUAUUGGAUUCUUUACCAAAGCAACAGUUUUACCAGGUGUAUCGAGUCAUGAUCGCGCCAUGCUUUUUUCGAAUAUGGCAGCUAGUCGUUUAUUAUUACAUGAGCAACAGGAAAAGUUUUACAAAAUAUUAGAAUCGCUUGACGCCAAAGAUGAACGAUAUCUGGCAUUGCAAAACGCUAAACAGGCAAGAGAACUAUGGCCAACAUGGUGGAAAGCACACUUUCGUGUUGGAACAGUUCAUGCCGCUUUAGAUGAACAUGAAAAAGCGAUCAAUUCGUUUGAACGAGCAUUUGCACUUGAUCCUACAAGAAAAGAGAUUCAGGAACCAUUGGAUGAAAGUCGUAUAACAUUACAUAGACGAUCACGAAACGACUACGUGGACCCAAGACAGAAUAUAAAAUCAAUUCCUGAAGUUUUGAAGGAACGACAAGAAAAAUCUGGCCUUGAUGCAGAAACGUUACGAAAAUCUGAUGAAUUUUUAAUGGAAAUAGAUCCAUCAAAAGCGGACGUAUUUAAAGGACAUCAAUAUGAGUGUGGAGACAUAGGUGUUCAACAGAACUAUGAGAAAGCUGCUGAAUAUUUUGGCAAAGCGGCAGAUCAGGGUAAUGCCGAAGGAAUGUACAAUUUGGCUAAAUUGAGAGAUCGUGGCUUAGGUGUGAAGAAAGACCAUCAAAUAGCUCUCAAACUGCUUGAACAAGCAGCAUCUCAACCACCAAAUCAUCCUCUUUAUCCACAGCUUCCAAAUGUUGGUGUAGCCGAAUCUGAACAUGCGUUAGGUGUUAGAUACUUCGAAGGUAUCAGUGUUCGCAAAGAUCCAGGAGUAGCUUUGUAUUGGUAUCAACGUGCCUCUGACCACGGAAGUGCUAUGGCUGCCAACAAUUUAGGUACAAUGUAUUUGAGAGGUUAUGUAGUCGAGAGAGAUCUUGACAAAGGUAUGCAACUAAUCGAGUUGGCAGCAAAAAGGGGAGAUCCUGUUGGUAUGGAGAGUUUAGCAGGACUUUUCUUGUAUAAAAACAAUUUUCAAAUGGCAAAGAUUUGGCAUGAUCGUGCAUGUGAAGCAGGUAAUCUUGAGGCUCAAAACAAUCGUGAUCAGUUCGCAAAACAAAUAGAAGAUAAACAACGAUCUAUAAGUCAAUCUUCACUGAAUGAUCUGAUGAUAUCUAGUUCAUUGGACUAUUUCUGGCGUUUGUACAAAACUGAAUAUGUUGCGUCGACAACCUCUGAACAUUCAUACUUGCAAGAUUACAAAAUGCUAUGUGAAUAUGCGAAACGUGGUUCCAAAACCGCUAAACACCUUUGUAAUGCUCUGGAACAUUUCAUGCAGGCGUUAAAUAUACUCUUAUCGUUUGAUAAUUUAUCACAAAAAGAAGAACAGACGUUUAUUCAUGAACUUUCACAAUGUUAUCGUAUUGAAACUAUUGUCGCGCAAAUUCCAUGUCAAAUGCAACACAGAGUUCUUCAAUUAGUUAAUCGAACACUUUGUCUGUGUACUCAAAAAUCAAAUUCUGAUGUCUCACAGUUCGAUGAAGAUGUCCGUAUAUGCUACGUAACACUAAAUUUCAAUUCAUAUGAAUUAGUUAAUGAAUUUCUUGCUUUGUGCAAAGAAAAGUAUCCGAAAUCAGUCUAUUUCUAUUUGACGAGCGGAGCGCUGAAUGGAUUCUUGCGUCGAUAUCACCUCGGUUUGUAUGAUAUCAAUAAAGGACUUGAAAUCGAGCCAAACAAUUACGAACUUUUAUACCACAAAGCUGUUUUGUUGCGUCACCUGUAUAUCGAUUAUGACGAGACAAUCAAAGCUUAUCAAACAUUCAUUAAUAUUGCUCCAAACGAUCAUCGCAAAAUUCCCGAUGCAUAUUAUGAAAUGGCUAUCUGCUCUAUGCAGUAUGAUGCACCUACGAAUGUUGUGGAGCGCUAUAAUCGGAUGCAAGAACUAUACAUGAAAGGUAAAGAGGCAGAGAAAUCGCAAUUACCAUGCUUCUUACCUUAUCAAUCAGGCAAUCUAGACCACUUGAAGCCUAUGUUUGAUAGUGAAUUCUUCUCAAAUAUAAAACCAGAUUCCGAAAAUAAUCGUAAACAACAUCUUACUGAUUCUCAUAGAGUUGAAGUUAUUACAAAGCAUCGUAUGUGGGAAGGCCAAGCAUUGGACGAAAAACAUACGUUAGGUCAAAUAGUUGCUUCCACUUCUAUUGGACCUCGAGUUAAACAGCAAACAUCGAAAUCAUUAAUCGGAUUAAAACCAAUUACAUUAAGAGAACUAGAUCCAACGAAAGACCGAGUUUAUAAAGGAUACGUACUUUCAGGCACCAUCAUUGAUGAAACAUACUCAUGGGAACCAUCAGUUCAUCUGGUAAUUGAAGAUGAAAAUUUUGAUUGUGAACGAAUGCUCAUAUAUAAUUUUCCCAAAGAACAAGGUGAAUAUUUAACGCGCAAAUUGUAUACUAUUGGAAGUAAAAUGCACAUUAUCAAUCCAUAUUUACGAAUAGGAACUGGUGAUAGGAAACCAUCAAUUCGCGUUGAUGAUGUGGCUUCUAUUGUCAUGCAAAGUGACUCUGAACGGAUAGUGAAUAUGUGUCGCUAUUGUUGCGAAGCGGAUGCAUCAAAGUUUUGUGGCAAAUGUCAACGAGCUCGUUAUUGUUCGAAAGAAUGUCAAAUUAAUGACUGGAAAUUAUAUAACCACAAACUUAUAUGUAAAAGCAAAUAA